AUGGAGCACAGCAGCAGCCGCUUGGAGGACUUCCCUCUCAAUGUGUUUUCCGUCACUCCUUACACACCCAGUACUGCUGACAUCCAAGUGUCCGACGACGACAAGGCAGGGGCCACCUUGCUCUUCUCAGGCAUCUUUCUGGGACUAGUGGGGAUCACGUUCACCGUCAUGGGCUGGAUCAAAUACCAAGGCGUCUCCCAUUUUGAAUGGACCCAGCUCCUUGGGCCCAUCCUGCUGUCAGUUGGGGUGACGUUCAUCCUUAUUGCUGUGUGCAAGUUCAAAAUGCUCUCUUGCCAGUUGUGCAAAGAAAGUGAGGAAAGGGUCCUGGACUCGGAACAGACAUCAGGAGGACAAUCCUUUGUUUUCACGGGCAUCAACCAGCCCAUCACCUUCCAUGGGGCCACUGUGGUGCAGUAUAUCCCUCCUCCUUACGGUUCUCAGGAGCAGAUGGGGAUGAACACCUCCUACCUGCAGCCUGUGGUGAACCCUUGUGGUCUCAUACCCUCUGGAGUCCCAGCAGCCGCCAUGCCGAGUCCCCCUCAUUACUACACCAUCUACCCUCAAGACAACGCUGCGUUCGUGCAGGGCGAGGACUCUCCUUUCAUGGAUGGUGGAAAUGACAGACGUAGCCCUGAUGCUGACCAGCUAGAAGAGACACAGCUGGAAGAAGGGGACUGUGCCUGCUUCUCGCCUCCACCCUAUGAGGAAAUAUACACCCUCCCCCGCUAG